AUGCCUUCUACCUUCACCUACACAUUCGAUACCCCGCUCUACAAGGGCAAAUCAACUUUCAACACCGGUCUCUUUAUCAAUGGAGAGUUUGUUGAUCCCGUUGACCGUGAUGCUAAGAUUGAUGUGGUCAAUCCUUCGACAGGGAAACUGAUCACAUCUGUUUCCGCAGGGUCAGACAAGGAUGUAGACAUCGCUGUCAAGGCAGCAAAACAGGCGUACAAGACCUCCUGGGGUCUUAAGGUACCUGGAAGUGUUCGGGGUCGAAUGCUGAGCAAGUUGGCCGAUUUGAUCGAGAAGAACGCGGACGAGUUCGCGGCUUUAGAAGCUUUGAAUGUCGGUAAACCAUUUGGAGUGGCAAGGAUGGCUGACGUCGCAUCUACCAUCGAUACUAUACGCUACUACGCUGGAUGGGCUGAUAAAAUCCAAGGUAAAACUAUCGAGACCAACGAACAAAAGCUCUCGUACACCAGACACGAGCCUUAUGGCGUCGUCGGCCAAAUUGUUCCCUGGAACUAUCCCUUGAGCAUGAUUUCUUGGAAGAUCGGCCCUGCUCUAGCUACCGGAAACGUGAUUGUUCUCAAGCCCUCCGAAUUGACCCCACUGACGGCUCUCAGGCUUGCCGGACUCUGUAAUGAAGCAGGUUUCCCGCCAGGCGUCAUUAACAUCGUAAAUGGAUACGGACAUACUGUUGGACAGGCUAUCAGCGAACACCCUGUUAUUGAGAAGAUUGCUUUUACGGGAAGUACAGCUACAGGAAGAAAAAUCCAAAUCGCGUCAGCACAGUCCAAUCUGAAAACUGUGACUCUGGAGCUUGGCGGAAAGAGCCCAAACAUUAUCUUCGAUGACGCUAACCUUGAGCAAGCGAUCAAAUGGGCCACCAGGGGCAUUUUCUCCAAUAUGGGUCAAAACUGCAAUGCUGGCUCUCGGAUUUUCGUGCAAGAGGGCAUAUAUGACAAAUUCCUUCCAAUGUUCGCCCAGGCUGCUCGUUCUCUCCAGUCAGCCACCGGAGAUCCCUUCCACCCGUCCACGAAACACGGCCCACAGGUUUCACAAACUCAGUUCGACCGCGUGAUGGGCUACAUCGACUCAGCAAAGAACGACGGUGCAAAUAUUCAUAUUGGUGGUUCGAGACACGGUUCAGAGGGCUACUUUAUCCAGCCGACGAUCGUAACGGAGUGUACACCUGACAUGAAGAUCGUACAAGAAGAGGUCUUUGGUCCAGUAGCCGCAGUCAUCAAGUUCAAGACUGAGGAAGAGGUCAUCGAGAUGGCGAAUAACACGGUCUAUGGUCUCUCAAGUGCUGUCUUUACGGAGAACUCAAGUCGUGCGAUUCGAGUAGCACAUGCUCUUGAGGCGGGACAGGCGUUCGUUAACUGCUUUAACUCUGUGGAGAAAAACAUGCCGUUUGGUGGGUACAAACAAUCUGGAAUUGGAAGGGAAUUGGGUGAGUACGCGAUCGACAUGUAUACACAAGUCAAGGCUGUCCACAUCAAUGUUGGUCUUAAGCUUUAA